UGUGUCUUUCUUUAUAUCCUGUAGACAGAAAACUGCACAAGGGUUUGUUAUCCCAGGCAUAGCAGCUUCACCACCAAAGUUUGUGACUUUGGAAGAAAUUAUGACAGCAGCCAAUGGUAUGAAUAACAUGGCACUUGCUCAUGAGAUUGCUGUUGAGAAGGAUUUCAAAUUACAGAAAGUUGAUCCUCCAGAUAACAGCAUUCACAAACUGGUUAAGGAGACAUUGCAUAGAGCUUUUUGGGAGAAACUGGAUGCAGAACUGAAGGAAGUGCCUCCAAAUUUUACACAAGCAAUGGUUUUAUUGGAAGAUGUAAAAGAGAACUUCAUGUUACUGCUUUUGCCCUACCAGACAAAAUUAAAAGAACAUAUUUUGGAGAUACUGGAUGCAGAUCUUAUCAGACAGCAAGCUGAAAAGGGGAUUCUUGACUUCCAGCACUAUGCUCAGUAUGUGAUAUCUUUAAUGGGGAAGUUGUGUGCUCCAAUUAGAGAUGAGAAAGUCAGCGAACUCACUCAGAUUCAAGGAGUUGUGCCAAUGUUUAAAGGAAUACUGGAAACAUUGGAUAUUAUGAAGUUGGAUAUGGCAAAUUUCACCAUCAACGUGCUUCGGCCAGACAUCAUAGCGAUAAGUGUGGAUUAUGAGAAGAAUAAAUUUGCAGAGUUUCUUAAAAUUCAGACAGAUGGUUUGCAGUAUACUCGAAAGUGGUUACUGCAGCAUCUGAUGAAUGCAAGAAAUUAUGAUGUAAUAGUCAGUGAGGACAAGAUUGCAAUUCAUAAUCUCACAGCAUGUAUAUUGGAAGAAGCUUAUCUGGAACUGCUAGAAUGGGAUGACUUGAAUCCAUAUCCUGAGACUCUUAUGAUGGAUCAGGCCCGUUUCACUGACUUAGGGAACAGGUUUUAUCAUUUGGUUGUCAUAGGAUCAGUCCUGCUGGUUACUGCUGGUACAGCACAGUCUCUCCAAGGAGUUGCUGCUUUCAAAAAUAAACUCAAACAACAUAUAACUGUACUAUUGGAGAACAUUUAUACAAACAAGGACCUAGAAAAAAUAAUGCCCAACAUUGCUGAACAAGUUAUCAUGGAGGUAGCUGAAGGUUUGGAGACGUAUGGAUUCAAGCCACUUGAUUCUACAUCAGAAAAGCUGCUCAAGGGGCAAAUUGUGGAAAUUGUCAAGGAUGAUCAUAAGAUAAGAGAGCUUGUUCGUGUGAGAGUACGAGAAUUUAUUCAGCAGACUAUCUCAUUAUCAAGAGCAGUCCCCUUGCGCGUUCCACCUGGACUGUCGUCACUUCAGACAGAGUUGGCAGCUGUUUCAGGGCAGUUUCUUCGCCUUGUCUCCCACAACCGUGCUGUGUUUGGUGAAUAUUACGCUGACAUUAUUGCAAAUGGUGUCUCGGCAUCAGCAUCAGCAUCAGCAUCUGUAAAUGAAUGAAUAGUAAUUGCUGACUGUCGAGUUUAAUGUAAGAUUCUCCUGCAGGCAUAGCAGUUCUUCAGCAAGCAGUGUUAUGAAGAUGGCAGGCAGAUCUGCAGGAUAAAGCUGCAUUGGGAUAAUCCUGUUUUAGGAUGACUGUCACUUAAAAUCCUCGUGUACAAACAACACAUGCUUAUAGAAGAGUCAGAAGUAAUGAAAGGAAUCAGUAAUAACCUAUCAAUGAGUCCUUGUGAUUGGUUCAUGUCUUAGAAUUGGCCCUAAUUUAAAUAUCUUACUUAUGUAGCAUAAAUGACUUGGAUAUUAUCCAUUCUCAUGAACAGUUCUGAUCUUGAGACGAAUUGUCAUCAUUAUUCAUCAAAGCCAUUUUGUCAGAUGGUGUGAAGUAAUAUGAUUAAUAAAUAUAAAUUACGAGGGGCGUAUACAAAUGAUUUAGACUAACCUGAAUUAUGUGAUCCUUGAUGGUGGUGGCUCCCAGAUUACACUUCGGCCCGUUCCACAUAUUCUCCCUGGAGGUUGAUGUCACAAAACCAUUGUUUGGGCGUGUCUCGUACCCACUCCCUGUCAGCAUCAUGUAAGGCGUCACUAUCGGGGAAUCUGUGACCAUGCAGGGGAUCAGUUCCGACACUCUUUGAAUCAUUUGCGGAGUUCUUAAUGUUCUUGGAAGACCACUGCUGGAUCACUUUUCCACUGUUUCAUCGUCACAUGUGAAGCCUGUCACCCAAUUGAAAACAGUUGCAUGUGCAGUCACUGGGGUUCACCCUGUUCCCACACCCGCCCUAUUCCCCCGACCUGCCCUCUUCCGUAAGAUGAAGAAUCCCCUGCGUGGUCACCGAUUCCCCGAUAGUGACGCCUUACAUGAUGCUGUCAGGGAGUGGGUACGAGACACCCCCAAACAAUGGUUUAAUGAGGCAAUACGGAAAUUGCCAGAGAGAUGGCAAUGGUGCUUCGACCUCCAGGGAGAAUAUGUGGAACAGGCCGAAGUGUAACCUGGGAGCCACCACCAUCAAGGAUCACAUAAUUCAUGUUAGUCUAAAUCAUUUGUAUACACCCCUCGUAUGAAAUAAAAACUUUAAUUAUGCACUACUUGUAAAAAUGAAACAACAUAAACUCUUGGAUAGAAAAAUAAAUGUGAUAAUUUCUUCUAACAAGAAGCAUUAAUUAAACCAUUGUAACAGAACAUACAUAACGUAUUGUAAUGUAUCCACGUACACUGAAAGUUAGCUUCUCUUAUAAUCUGUUAGGUAAUUGUUACUGUGCUUCUAAUACAGCCAGAAUUUGUUAUGUGUUUGGCAAAUAAGGUCUUCGCAGCGUCUGUGUCAUAUUAUUUUUAUUAUACAGAGUAAAAGUAAUUCUAUUCUUUAACUUGCAUUUAGUUUGCUAGAAAAGCCGUAGAUUGAGGGGGGAUACCAAAUGGGCAGAGAAAAUGCUCCUGCAAAAAUAAUGAGUGGUUCGCGUCAGAGAAUUAUGUAAAACCGUUUAAGUCACUUGAACCAAAACAUUUUUUUUAAGUUUUUAUAAAAAUUAAAGUAUACAAUGAAAUAAAUAAUUUUUAUGUUUGUAUAUUCAGGUUUCUUCUAGAACAUCUCAAACAUUUGAUUCGUUGUGUUUUUAUAUGUAGAAUGAGAAUCCUGGCUGAAUAUCCUCGAAGAAAAACGAACGUGACAUUUAAACGUAUGUAAUGGAGAUUUUGCGACCACGGAUGUUAUCGUCCCGUUUCCUGUUUACUGAAUGAGUUUAUACAUUUUUAUACAGUUAAUUCAGUGCGGAACAAAUAAUAAUUCAAGAAAGAAAAGUAAAAUGAGGCAGGCAGAAGAAAGUCUUUAUUUUUCAUAUUUUGUCUCAGUUAAGUUGCACGUGGAUAAAUUUUGUUUCCCCAUUGCUUAUGAAAAUAUGAGCUAUUUUUGAAAUGAUUACGACUGAUGGAAGCAGGGAAUAUUUUCUUCUCUUCCAUCACUAAAUAUUAAUUUAAUAAUAUAUGUUUAUAUAAUUUAAAUCUAAUAUUGUACAUGAAAGAUAGUUUCUUAAAUGUGAUAUUUGUUAUGAAAUGUAGGUGAAUAUGUGAAAAGUCAGCAAUAGGGUGUUCGUGGACAAAGUCCUUCUGGCAAACUGCGUAUCAGAAGAUUGUACAUGGAAAUUUUGAAACUUGUAAAUUCUUCUUUUAAACAUAACCCUGUUGAGUUUUUAUACUAUAAAAACUGAUAUACCACCUUGCUUAAAUCAAUGAGAUAUUUUUAAAAAAGCUGUGAAGUAUAUUUUUAAAGUGUUUAUGAACAUGCUGUGGAUCAGUUGUGUUACAGAACUCUUCAUAAUCUUUAUAAAGAUUAAACUAAUUUAAUUUUUAUUGAAAGGUUUUCUUAUUCUUUUGUUUUAGUAACAAUAAAGCAGUUGUACUUGCACAUAUAA